AUGGAAAAUGGAAAAUUCAUUUCUCAUUUCACGACUAUUUUAUCCUCUGUCUUGGAAAGAAACCAUGUAUCUGAUCAAAAUACUGCUUUGACAAGGUUGCUUGUCGUUUUGAGAAAUAAAUUGACUAUUCAUGUUGAGGGAGUACUUUUGGAAAGACAAACUUCAGUCAUACUUGAUGGGUCAGAUGAUCUUGUAGGUUUCCUCGAUCAGCUAUGGAGAGAUAUUAUUAUACCUGUUUUCGAUUGGUUCCAAAAUUGGAAAGAUGCAUUAAUAAUUAAUAGCAAUCAAAAAUGUAACUCAUUCUGGAAAAUGAAGAGAGUAUUAAUCAAAACUUUCAAACUAAUACAUAAAAUAUAUUAUGGUUUACUCGAGCUGUUUAUCAAGAAGUAUGAUACUGCAUUUGUUAUACCGAAUGGUAUAAUUACGAGACUUAAUCUAACCUCAUAUAAUGAUGACAAGGAAAACAAGUACCAAUUACAUCCAUCCAGCUCCUUUACCGUUCUAAUAAUGAAGACAUUUCAUUGCUGUUUAAACUAUCUAGGGUUGGUACAUUUCCAAACUUCGAUGAUUGAAAAGGUACCUGGUUCAACUUAUGAAAUAACCGAUUUCAAGAAAUCCAUACGAUAUUUGGAAUUAGCAUCUUUAGUUUUACCAGCAAUCGGGAACACAUAUUACUUUAAGGCUAAGAUCCACAUUCAGUGUGAAGAUUUCGCCAAUGCUAUUUUUGAAAUAAUGAGAGGUUCUUUGGUUCGUUUACCUGAAUAUGAUGAAUCAUUUGAACUACUUCGACGAAUCAUGUGUCCAAAUAAAGAUAAUGAUAUACAUUUAAUAUUGAAUCAGAAAUUGAAAGAAUUACAUAAACAAGAUGUAGAAAUUAAUCCAGAUAUGGAUUCUAAGAUUAUUGAAUCAUAUUUUAUUACACUUUUCGGAACAUACUUUACCACAAUAAUGUGGGGAAGUACUAUACAAAAUACUGAUACACAAAUUGAGAUGGCUCAAGCACUAAAGGUUAUAUUCUAUGAAAGACUGAAAACAAACUUUGUCGAUAAUAUGGAUAUUGUAUUUAAACAAGUUGUCAUUGUCAUCGGUGGAAUGCAUCUAAUGGCAAAUGAAAAGGGAAAUUCAAGUGCACUAGUCAAGGAAUUAAAUAAAAUUAAAUUGUCAAAUUAUAUUAUAUAUUUGGAAUUUGUAUUUGAUUGGAUUACAAAUAUUACGCAUAAUAUAAUAAUACCGUUUUGGCUGAUAAACAUUGAAAACAAUCAUCAAUAUUUGGCAAUAAUUCGAGUAGUUCUAUGUUGGGUUAAAUCAAAUCGUGGUAUACUUCACUAUUCUCAUCGUCACGAUGGCUUUUGCCAAGUUAUUGCUAACCUAAUAAAUGGGAUGAUUAAAAGUGAUUCUUUUGCCCUAGAAGCUGUUUCUUCCCGUCGACCCAGAAGGGAUCACUUCUUCCAUGAAGAUAUAAUCUUAAAGGAAUUUUCAUGUGUGAACUUUUCCCUUACAGAUUUUAAUGACUCUCCAAUUUUUGAUUCUUCAAAUAAACUAGAUAGAUUAAUUGGAUCAACAUCAACGGAUGCAAGAAGGACUUGCGUAGAAGAAAAUAAGUUACGAUUACAAUCAAUUUUUGUUUCAGGGAAGAAAUUCUUGGAGAAGAAUGGAGCAGGUAUUCUAUGGAAUGAUAAACUUAAUGCAUAUGAAUUACCUAAUGAAAUAAUUGAUUCCACCUCAACUAAUACAACUCUUGAACCGCCUGGCUCAUUUUCCUCUGUUGAAAAUAAAACCUUAAGGCUUAACAAAGAGUUGUUAGAUAAAUUCUUAAAGGAGGAAUCAGAGAUCAGCAUAAAUCAUACAAAUAGUAACGCAUUUGACGGCCAUAUUGAUAAUAGGCACGAUCAAUCGAUUUCUAUUUUGGGAUCACACGAUGUCGAAGUUUCCGGAAAUAAUAUCAGUAUACAAGCUUUUGAAAGUUCCAGUCAAUACGAAAUGACAGAUGAAGUUUUAUCUUCUCAAUGUAAGAAUAAUAUUGUUCAAUCUGUGCCUGGAAAUACUGAUAUAGUGAAAUCUUCUUCUUCCCUCAUUUCUUCUGCAGAAGUACAUUAUAUGAAUGAAAUGAAAAUCUUGUCGUCAUCGAUAGAGACAUCAACACAACAAACAACGUCAGUACCAUUUGUUCAGCUAGAGAGUGAUUGA